UUUGGCCGGAAUCCGAACGUGAAAGCUGCUUGCUUUUUCUGAUAAGAAUCAUGACAGUACAAAAUACAUAGGUACAACUUAAAGAUGAAGCCUGAAACUUGAAGCAAUCAAAUUUGUCUGUUUGUCACUGAAAACCCGAAACUUCUCUCUUUUCUUCCCCACCGGCAAACUGACAAAACAAAACCCUGAAAUUCUCCGGCCUCCAAUUGGAGAUUCCUCUAUUUAUUGCUUCAACCCAGAAGUUUAAAGGCCGUGAAUUUGCAAUGUAUUUAGAUUUAACUUCACUGGAAGUCAGAUUUCUUGUGUUGCUGUUCCGAAUUUGAUGUUUAUACAGGGAUCAAUAGGUAAUCUGCGUGCAAUGAAGUUGGAUCUCAGUAGUAAAGAGAGUAGAUAUGCGGUUCUGGGUUUGUUAAUUCUUAUCUUGCAAGUGACUAAUGGCCCUCCUCGCAACUUUGUGUCGGCUAACUUGGUGCUUAAGGUUCAGCACAGAUUCGCAGCGAAAGGGAAGUCUUUGGGGGAUUAUUGGGCUCAUGAUGUCCGCCGACAUGGAAGGUUUCUAGCCGCAGAUAUUCCUUUAGGUGGCAAUGGAAAUCCCACAGAUACUGCGCUGUACUUCACUAAAAUUGGCAUUGGGACUCCUUCAAAAGAUUAUUAUGUGCAAGUAGACACUGGAAGUGACAUUUUGUGGCUGAAUUGUGUUGGCUGUGACAAUUGUCCUAAGAAAAGCGACCUUGGUAUAGAGCUUAGACUAUACAAUCCACAAGCUUCAUCAACUGGCAAUAAGGUUACUUGUGAUCAAGAUUUCUGCAAUAUUAUAAAUGGUGAACUGAAUGGCUGUAAAGUUGGAUUAGUCUGUCCUUAUAGUGUUACUUAUGGUGAUGGGAGUUCAACUUCUGGCUACUUUGUUAGAGAUAAUAUUCAAUUGGAUCGAGCCUCUGGAAACCUUAACACCACUCCUAUGAAUGGCACCAUUCAAUUUGGGUGUGGAGAUAAGCAAUCUGGGCAGCUUGGUUCAUCUUCUGAAGCACUUGAUGGAAUCCUUGGUUUUGGACAAUCAAACUCUUCCAUGGUAUCCCAAUUGGCAUCGUCUGGGAAGGUGAAAAAAGCUUUUGCACAUUGUUUGAAUGGUAAAAAAGGUGGUGGAAUAUUCGCUAUUGGACAAGUUGUGCAGCCAAAGUUGAACAUGGUUCCACUGAUCCCCAAUCAGCCACAUUACAAUAUAAUUUUGAAGUCAAUUGAGGUGGAUGGCUCUAUUCUCACGCUUCCUUCGAGUUUUGGUACAAGUUCGGAGAAAGGGGCGAUAAUUGACAGUGGUACGACAUUGGUAUAUCUUCCAGAUGAAAUUUAUAGUCUAUUGAUGGCACAGAUAAUGGCUUCACAGCCUAAUCUGAAGCUGCAUACAUUUGAGGAGCAAUUCACUUGUUUUCAGUUUACUGGCGAGGUAGAUUCUGGAUUUCCUGCUGUCAAAUUCAAUUUUGAGAAUUCACUUUCAAUGACUAUUUACCCUCAUGAAUACCUGUUCAAAUUUAAUGACGAGGUUUUGUGCUUUGGAUGGAUGAGUAGUGGCACUCAAACAAAGGAUGGGAAGGACUUGAUACUCUUGGGAGAUAUGAUGCUGUCGAAUAAGCUCUUCUUGUAUGAUCUAGAAAAUCAAGCAAUUGGUUGGACCGAUUAUAAUUGUGAGUUUCUACUUUUGUAAGUUGGUUUUUUGCUGGAUUGUAUUUUCUUUUCCCAUUGAUUGAUGGUUAAGAUUUUAUCAGGUUCUUCGAGCAUUAAGGUUAAGGAUGAAGAGACGGGUGCUAUUUAUACGGUUGGAAGCCAUCAACUUUCUUCAGCCCAUGUCUCGGCUCCCAGGUGGCUAAUAGAGUUGUUGUUAUUGAUGUCCCAAUUUGUUCUCAUCCACAUUAGUUUUAUCCAAUGAUACAAACAACAAAGGACCAAUCCAUAGAUCAAUUGAAGUACACCAUAAUUCUGUCCAAAAAACAAAACAUAUAUCAGAUUCAUUGAUGAUCUAUUGAUUGCCUUUACCAUGUUUUGUCGUUGUGGAAUCGCAAACUGUUGGCUUGCUAUUUUUUUCUUUCUUAAAACAUGUUUUAGGGUUUGCUUUGUUGA